AUGAUGUCAGAGAUGACGUCAGAGAUGAUGUCAGAGAUGAUGUCAGAGAUUACGUUAGAGAUUAUGUCAGAGAUGAUGUCAGAGAUGAUACCUCCUCGCUCUCUCAGACCUCCUCACUCCCUCAGACCUCCUCACUCCCUCAGACCUCCUCACUCUCUCAGACCACCUCACUCUCUGACCUCCUCACUCCCUCAGACCACCUCACUCUCUCAGACCUCCUCCAUCACUUCAGACCUCCUCACUCUCUCAGACCUCCUCCAUCACUUCAGACCUCCUCGCUCUCUCAGACCUCCUCACUCCCUCAGACCUCCUCACUCCCUCAGACCUCCUCACUCUCUCAGACCACCUCACUCUCUGACCUCCUCACUCCCUCAGACCACCUCACUCUCUCAGACCUCCUCACUCUCUGACCUCCUCACUCUCUCAGACCUCCUCACUCUCUCAGACCUCCUCACUCCCUCAGACCUCCUCACUCCCUCAGACCUCCUCACUCCCUCAGACCUCCUCACUCUCUCAGACCUCCUCACUCCCUCAGACCUCCUCACUCUCUCAGACCUCCUCACUCCCUCAGACCUCCUCACUCUCUCAGACCUGCUCACUCUCUCAGACCUCCUCACUCUCUCAGACCUCCUCACUCCCUCAGACCUCCUCACUCUCUCAGACCUCCUCACUCUCUCAGACCUCCUCACUCUCUCAGACCUCCUCACUCUCGCAGACCUCCUCACUCCCUCAGACCUCCUCACUCUCUGA